AUGACACAUGACCAAGAAGCCUCGGUAGGCGAGGAACUCUGUGGCAGCUAUAUCACCACAAGUGUCUCCGAAUCGAACGAUGAUGACAACAGAAAUUGGCGUCAUUUAGAAUCUGCGUAUAAAAAUAUACGUCAGGACCCUCCGCUUGACCACUGUAAAUGCGUCAGCGUAAAGGGUAUGUCUAAGCCUGAUUCGGACAUCCCAAAGAAUGGAAUAAACUUGGACAUUGAAUUAUUCCAGCAAUAUCUCAAAUCCCUUUCCAAAGAGAAAAAAAACGUCACCGUCUCAAAAACUUUCAGGAUACGACAAAACAAGGAUUCAAAAGAUGGGUUGAGACAACACAGGCCAUUAGAUAUUGUUCCCUAAAAUGAGGACCAAGCACUGUUACUGCUGAAGAGAAGGAGGAGGAGGAGGAGGAGGAGCAGGAGCAGGAGGAGGAGGAGGAGCAGGAGGAGGAGGAGGAGGAGGAGGAGGAGGAGCGAUCUAUGUCAAAAGAGGAAUCAUCGCGUCAGAACGCAAAAAUGACUGCUCCCCUAACUGUGAAGCAAUUGAAUUGA